UUUAAACACAAAAGUUGACCCUUUGCGGCAAAGAUUGAAACUUUAGCAAGCGAGUGUCUGGUCUGUAUUGGUCUGGCUUCUUUUUUGUUAAAGAGGAUGACUGUGGAGGAAAUACGAGGGAAUAUGGGGACUGAGAAUGGUAAUUAUGACAACUUCCCUGUUGGAAUGAAAGUUCUUGCUGUUGAUGAUGACCCACUUUGCUUGAAGCUACUGGAAACGCUGCUUAGGAAAUGCGAAUAUCAUGUAACCACAACAAGUGAAGCAAGAAUGGCCCUGAAUAUGUUGAGAGAAAACAAAGACAGAUUUGACUUGGUAAUCAGUGAUGUUCAUAUGCCUGAUAUGGACGGUUUUAAGCUGCUAGAACUUGUUGGGCUCGAGAUGGAUCUCCCUGUCAUCAUGUUAUCCGGAAAUAGUGAUCCCAAACUAGUAAUGAAGGGAAUAACUCACGGUGCUUGUGACUAUUUGGUCAAACCUGUUCGGAUUGAGGAGCUGAGAAACAUAUGGCAGCAUGUCAUCAGGAGAAAGAAGUUUGACUCCAAGAACCAAAACAAGUCAACUGAUCAAGACACGGCUCGUUAUGGGGGUGGGGAUGGCUGUGGACAAAUUAUGAAGGUGAACAAGAAAAGGAAAGAUGAGGAAGAUGAUAGUGAUGAUAAUGAGAACGAGAAUGAGGACCCUACUGCACAGAAGAAGCCUAGAGUUGUUUGGUCUAUAGAACUUCAUAGGAAGUUCGUUGCAGCUGUUAAUCAGUUGGGCAUUGAAAAAGCUGUACCCAAAAGGAUUCUUGACCUGAUGAAUGUUGAUGGGCUUACACGUGAAAAUGUAGCAAGCCAUCUCCAGAAGUACAGGCUCUACUUGAAAAGAAUAAGUUCGGUAGCAACUCAACAGGCCAACAUGGUGGCUGCCUUUGGGGGGAAAGAAUCUGCUUACAUGCGAUUGGGCUCACUUGACGGGCUCGGAGAUUUCCGGACACUGGCAGGAUCAGGAAUAUUUACCCAUCCUUCUUUAUCAUCAUACCCACCAAGUGGCCUGCUUGGUAGACUAAAUAGUGCUGCUGGUGUAAACAUCCGGAAUCUUAAUCUCCCUCAAAAUUUGAGCAAGUCUUUUGGUACUCUUGGAAAGUUGGGUCCAGCCACCGGUCCAGCUGUUACCCAGAAUGCAAGCUGGGUCCCACCAUUAGAACUUGUUGUUGACCCCUUGCAACAAAGUGACCUCAACCCGUUAGGCGGUUCCACGCUUCUUGGAGCUGCAAAUACAACAUUUCCAGAUCCAAGUUCUGGUGUUGGGCUAAUUGCGGGAGGAGUUGGAAUCCCGCAAGCUCUAAAUGUGGUUUCAUUAAAUUCUGAUCCGUUUAACCUCACAGUUAGCGGGUCUUCCAAUUUUCUUGACCAUGGAAGGUCGAGUGAGAAUUGGCAGAACACAAUUCAGGUCAACAAUUUCCAGCCGGUGACCGAAACGUUCAACCAUACCCCUCAACUGACACAAAAUUGUGUGAGAGAGAGUAGUUCUUCUGUGGGGCCGCGUUUACAGCGCAGCUGUCCCGUGUAUUCUUGCACCGCGUCUACUUCUGUUGGCCCUGAGAGGUUGGUAGGUGAUGCUGCUAGUCAGAGUACUAUUAAUCAUGUGGCUACUCAACAGUGGGGAGAACAUAGUAAACUUAAUAAUCACAAGUCAAAUGCUGUUUAUGGAAACACAACAAGUUCUCGGGGCCCAGUCAACAACAUUGUGCCACAGCCUUUGACCCGGAUUGGUGUUGACCAAUGUGAUGACCUUCGCAACAACAGAGUGAUUGAUGCUUGUGGUGAAUCAAGUAUGGGGCCUUCAUUUCUGUUGCAACACAACAAGAAUGGGAUUUUGACUCCCGGCUCAAGGGCGGGAUACUAUGGAGAGUACCUUUUUGAGCCACCAAAGCCAAAUGAGGCUUUACCCUCUCCAGGCUUUGGAUCUAUAGAUGAUCUGAUGAUGAGUUCAGUGAUCAAGCAGGAACAAGAUGAAAGCUUACUAGAGGGGGAAUUCGGGUUUGAUCCUUUCCCGUUUGGAUCAUGUAUAUGAAUUUCUUUACAAAAUCAAAAUUAUGUGUUGAUAUGUAGCUUCUUUAGUCUUUCCUUUUUAAGAUGUUCCUCUUUUUUCUUUUCAUAUUUGGGUAGGACUUUCGUUAUUCUAUAAUGGAAACAAGAUAUUGAUGUAAUUCUCCUCUCUAUAAGAUGUUUAUUCACAUUGGUAGUUCCACGUUCUUUUGCACCAGUUAUAUCCAAACUUGUGUACUGCGUUCUUUGCACACGUAAAAACGUGCAAUAAAUUUCUUCCCUUGUCAGCUUU